AUGCAUGCAGAACACAAUCAAGACACAGUGCUCCUGGGUCCACCACUCACGUCCCCUCUCUUCUCACCUUCCCUUUUCCGUCCCUGUUUUCCCCUCCCCACGUCACUUUCCCUCAUCUAUCCCUUCCCUUCAUCUCCCCACUCCCCUUUGCCCUCCUUACAGCUCUCACUCGUCCUCUCUGUCUUCCUCCAUCCACUUGUCUCGUCUCUGGCAAGUGUUGCUAGCAAGCAGCGGGCGGUACACCAAGAUCGCAAGGGCACGCAAGCAAGCAGCGGGCGGUACACCAAGACAGCAAGGGCACGCAAGGUGCUGAGGCUGCUCGAGCAUCCAUCCAUGAUCCAUCCACCUGUCUCGUCCCUGGCAGGUGCUCCUAUCGAGCAGCGGGCGAGUCACCAAGACAGCAAGGGCACGCAAGAUAAUAUGGCUGAUGGGCAACGGUCUGCCUCUCUCAGAGGGGUCUCUGUGGGCCCGCCAGCGCCGCAUCAUCAACCCCGCCUUCCGCCCUGCAGCGAUCAAGCAGGGCGGGCGGAGGAAGCACAUGGAGAGCAGCAGGGGGGGGCAGCAGGGCGGGCGGAGGAAGCACAUGGAGAGCAGCAGUGGGGGGCAGCAGGGCGGGCGGAGGAAGCACAUGGAGAGCAGCAGGGGUUGGGCAGCAAUACGGGCGGAGGAAGCACAUGGAGAGCAGCAGGGGUUGGGCAGCAAUACGGGCGGAGGAAGCACAUGGAGAGCAGUAGGGGGGGGCAGCAGGGCGGGCAGAGGAAGCACAUGGAGAGCAGCAGGGGGGGGCAGCAGGGCGGGCGGAGGAAGCACAUGGAGAGCAGCAGGGGGGGCCAGCAGGGCGGGACAUCAACCAUCUUCUCUGCAUUGCCUCCUUUCUGUGCAUCGUCACACCUCCCCUUCCUGUUUCACCAAUGCCCAUCUUCCUCCUGCUGCCCCCUCCCUCAUCGCCUCCCAUCUUCCUCCCUUGUCGCCUCCUAUCUUCCUCUGUGCCCCUCUCCCCCUCGUCCCCUACCGGCAGGCCACAGCACCACGGCGCACCUGCUGACGUGGACGUUCUAUCUUCUGGCGAAGCAUCCCGACUGGCACGAGCGGCUGCGAGCAGAGCUCAAGCAGGCGCUGACUCAGCAGGGGGCACAGGCCACGUCAGCAGUCCCCACAGCCAGCACAGAAGAAGGAGCAGCAGACAAGGCAGGGUCAGAGGCAGGUGGAGGAAAUCACGAAGGGAGAAGCCAAGGGGGGUCUGGAGGGGAGGGAUUGGGGGAGGGACAGGAGGGAGGACAGGAGGAAGGAGAGCGAGAAGGAGGAGCGCGAGGGGAAGGCGAGAGAGGAGGAAGGGGGCGGGUGACAUGGGAGGUGGUGGCGGCACUAAAGGGCAUGGGCAUGGUGCUGCAGGAGAGCCUGCGCAUGUUCCCCCCCGUCCCCUUCCUAGGCCGCACGUGCUAG